AGAUCCUUCCGGAAAGGGGCUUGGGGAGGAGGGGAGACCCAGAUGCGCCACCGACACUCAGGCUCUGCCCGUCCCGCCCUCGUUUCCCCUCUUCCCGAAGUGCCGGGACGCCGGGCAGGGCGGGGCCGAGCACUUUUGACACCCGCGUUUCUGUGGCUCUCACCGUCUCCCUUUACCUGAUGUAUUUACCUCCUGCUUCCCCGAUGCAUUUCAUCCGGCUAUCGCUUCUUCCUUGGGGGUUUUAAACCUUGGCCUCACCACUCCUACGUUAAAGUUCCUGGGCCACAGUCUUUACUUUGUCUCUUCUAGCUUUAGGAAUCAGUGUGACAGUGAGAAAGAGAAAGGACACGAGCAUCUGUUGCAUUUCUGCAUGACCAAGUGCCAUGCAAACUGCUCUUCCACAUUGCAUUUUCAUGACUUGACAUUAGUAGAACCCCGGGUUCACAACAUCUAACCUCGGUCUCACACAGCUAAGAGCCGCAGAGGAGGAUUCCUUGUGAACUUACUGGUUAUAUUAGCUCCAAAGCAGGGACUUUCUAGUGAGAUACUUGCCUGCCUGGGCUCUUGCUGAAAGGGUCUUCCGCCAAACCCUCGCCUCAGACCAGCUGCUUCCUCUUUCUCCAACUGCGAAUUAUUUUCACAUUCCUUUUGCCAGUACAGAAUGCUGUGCCCUGUUUGGCCUUUAUUAUUUCAGAAACAGAACGCAGCAAGUAUUUAUUAGAUGGUGUAGGGAGAUAAAGUUUGGAGUUGAGUCUUGGAUUUCUGUUCUGGCUCUGCCACGAACUGACUGCGUAGGGUCAAGUCCGUCAUCUUGGAGCUUUAGCUCCUUUUGCAUAACAUGGGUGAGUACUUGCUGACCAGCAGGCUCUUGUCCAGUUCUCCCUCACUGUCCUCCAGCAGGCUCUCCGUGGAGGCCCACACUCCACUGCUCCCCAUGGACAGCUGCCAGGCAGGGCACAACCUCCAUUUUUGUCUGGCUCAUCACCCACCCCUGGUCUGUGCCACUUUGAUCCUGCUGCUCCUUGGUUUGUCUGGCUUGGGCCUUGGUGGCUUUCUCCUCACCCACAGGACUGGCCUUCGUAGCCCUGACAUCCCCCAGGACUGGGUUUCCUUCUUGCGGUCUUUUGGCCAGCUGAGCAUGUGUCCCACGAAUGGGACAGUCACAGGGAAGUGGCAAGGGUCUCACGUCGUGGGCUUACUGACCACCUUGAACUUCGGAGACAGUCUAGACAGGAACAAGACACAAACAUUCCAAGCCAAGAUCCCUGGUAGUCAAUUGGGACUGAAAGGGUCUUCUGCAGGUGAACUGAUCCUCAUCACAGCAAAAGUGACCAAAGAAAAAACUCCAGGAACUUGUCUGUAUUUUAGCGCUGUUCCAGAAAUCUUGCCCUUCAGCCAGCCACCCAUAUCAUGCUCAGAAGAAGGAGCAGGAAAUGCCACACUGAGCCUGAAGAUGGGUGAAGAAUGUGUCACGGUCUGGAGUCAUGAAGGCGUUGUGCUCACCAAGCUGCUCACCUUGGAAGAGCUGGCUCUGUGUGGCUCCAGACUGCUGAUCUUGGGCUCUUUUCUAAUUUUCUUCUGUGGCCUUCUCUGCUGUGUCACUGCGGUGUGCUUCCAGCCACGCCGGGAAUUCCACUGGUCUAGAACCCGGCUCUGA